GAGAUGUAAACAAAUGAGAAAAGCAUAAAUAAGCAAAACAAAUGUAAAUACAAAAGCAAAUUAUCAGUUGAUUGUUACCCUCUUCAAGAAAUAACCUUUUUCCUGCUAUUACAUAUAAAUAUAUAUGAAUACAAAGUUUUCAUAUGUAGUUACCAUGGAGUGAAUAUAAGAUAAGGUUAACCUUCAUGUUUUCAUUCCCAGUUAGACUCUCCUGGCUUUUUUAUACUCUCAUGAUAACAUUAACUAAGGAUUUUGCGUCGACUUUUCUUCCUUUACAUCUUCCUAUCUUCUUCAAUCUCUCUCUCUCUUUAUUUCUCUUCAUACUUGUGACAUUUACACCAGAUUAUUUCAGCAUUCAACAUCAGAUUUUUCUGUCCACCUGAUAUUAAACACUUUUGUGAACAGCAUUCAAAAGUGAGUCUCAGUUGUCAUCUUUCACUGGAAACUUUCGCCUACUUUUUUCCUUAACAGUUCAACUCACUGAUUCUCUCACUCUCUUCACACCAUUAUCAUCAGUAUUUUUAUCAACAUCAUCUUCAUUGUCCUCUUCAUUAUACAACUUGUUUCAUCAACAUCUUCAACUUAUCACCAACACUAUCUUGACUAGAGCAAAUCAAACGGAGUUAACUCAACGUUUAUUCAAGAAAAUCUUGUAUCUUUACUCUUCACUACCUUUGAUAUCUAUCAUUACCACUAUCAUUAUCAUCAGUGCCUUUAUUCAUUAACAAUUUAUGCUUUGUUAACUUGAUAAUAGGGUUAAAUAAAGAAAAGACUGAAGACAAUCAACAUUAUCUUUUAGUUAAUUCAAAAAGUGGAAGAAACAGCAACAAGAAGAAGAAGAAAAAAUAGGAAAAGCAAAAAAUCUACUUACAUCGACAUUUCCUGCAGUGCGAAAACUCUUUUUGUUUGUUUGUUUUACUUAAUCAUCUUUUUUUAGAUCAACAUCGUUAUCCAUCUUUGCUCGGUUUAUCAUCAUUAUAAUCAUCACUAUCAACAGCUACUAAUAGAUACCACACAGUGAGAUAAUCAGUGUUUUAAAAAGGUAGUCACUGAGUUCAUCUUUGUGUUUAAAGGAUAUAAAGUUUCAGAUUUUCUUCAAUGGAAUAUCCUGUAUCAUCAUCUUCUUCGUCAUCUUCCCCUUUAUCUGCGUCUUCGUCUCGGUUAAGUCCUCGAAGGGCACCUCUACACUAUGAAAGAACCGGUCCAACCGGACGUCGAAGUCCAUCCAUUUCUUAUGUCGAUGCAACUGGAAUUAAUUCAUUUUCACCUUCACCAUCAGGUCCUCCUUUGACCCUUACACUGGCCUCGAGCCAUUCUGCUUCUUAUUCAUCAGCUUCUUCCCAUCAGCUAACUUCACUUUCUUCACCUUCGACAAAUAUCACGCCUUCACCGGCAACCACUACCACAAUGGCAACAGCAACAUCAUCUACGUCCUCCUCAACAGCUAGUCACUCGAAAUUGUCUCCAAAUCGAUCAAAUCGAUCUCCUAGUGUAAGUCCUGUUCGGGAGACUGGUUUACCAGUCGGUUAUAUUAACCAGCGACGGAACACGUUACCCAAACACUCAGCUCAGUAUUUAUCUCCUGAAGCUCGCAAUACUGGUGAUGCAACUGUUUUCUCUCGAUAUCGAUCCAAUUCGUAUUAUAACCGUUCUCCAAGCCAUCGAAGAAGACGAAGCUUCAAGGAACCACCGGCUACUUCUGCUUCAGCCAAUACUUCACCAUCAUCAUCCUCGACCAUCACUACUAUAGUAGGUCCAUAUGCAUCUUCCGCAGCUCGUCGAGUAUCCGCUCUUGAACAAGACACAUGGGAUUCCUAUUCGGCUUUGAUCAAAUCAUCUCAAGAUAGGAGAAAAAUGUCUUUGCCUGUUUCUGAACCAAUCUCACCCGGCUGGACAACUAAAUUUAUCAAUGUAAUAAUUGUUGGUGGUCCAAAUGUUGGUAAAUAUAGUUUGGUCCGUCAUCUCGUUGAUGAUGAAAACAAUGCUUCAAAAACUCGAGUUGAUCCAAACUCAUCGCUAGACAAAAGUGUAAAUGUUCACAGACUAAAUUUUCCACUUUAUGAUACUCACAUUGAAAUAAUUUUCGAAUAUUAUCAAAAUGUUAACAAAAUCAUGGAUACAGUAACAGACAACGGUUGUAAGGUACGGCAUAUGGACAUUUUAAUUGUCAUGUAUUCGGUGACUGAUCGGCGAUCUUUUGAAAUGUCUGCUCAAUACUUGACCAAUGCUGUGUUUACCUGUAAAAAGAUGAAUCCCGAUUUGGUUAUAUCUUUGGUUGCCAAUAAAACUGACCUGGUUCGGGUUCGUGAAGUUUCCAGUGAAGAAGGUCGCUCUUUGGCUGUUAAAUUUGAGGUUCCCUUCAUGGAGGUUUCCAUUGAAUUGGAUGACAAUUUUGAGUUGAUUGUUGAAUGGUUAACCAAUGUGAUCAAGGAUAAGUUGAAGAUUGGUGAUCCAACCCAGUCAAGUGGCCUUAGCACAACCCCAAUCAAGAAAAAUGUAACCCUUUCUGGACGAGCUUUUCGUUUUGUCAAGAAAAUUCUGAACCGUCGAGGUUCCAAAUCUAAAUCCUGUGAUAAUAUAAAUCUCAUGUAAAAAAGUAAAAGAAAAAAGUUAAAUGUUAAAAAA